CAUUUUACCAACUUACCAUUUCCCACCUACCUCUUCCUCUUCUCUAUGCACCAGUUAAGUUUUCAAAAUACAUUCUCAAUUCCCCCUCUUCCUCUUCUCUAUUACGAUUGUUCUACAUCAAAACCCUACACCUCUUCCUCUUCUCUACAUUACGAUUGCAGGCUCGCUCGUUUGCUCGCCGCUCGUUUGCUCGCCGGGGCUCGUUCCCAUCGGUGGUCUUGUAUCCCAUAAUCUACAGGGGCACGUUUGCAUUUGAAUCACUAGGUAUAGAUCGACAAAUAUGUCGCGUGAUAGAAACUGGAUGUACAUGAAGAGAACCACUAGUGAGGGUCUCUUCGAUCCGACAUUCCAACAUCAUGUCAACUUUUUCUUGGAUUAUGCAUAUGCUAACGCACCUAACAUUCAAAGAGAACUAAUAGAUGGGGUCGAUGUUUCUAAAAUAAGAUGUCCAUGUGGCAAAUGCCAAAUUCCUCGUUUCAAGAAGAGAUUUGAGGUUGUUGGUGAUCUUUUCAAAAAGGGAUUCAUGGAUAACUAUAAGGCUCAAGUUAUGCGAACCCGAAUGGUUGAUCUUGAAGCUCGGGUUCAAGAAGAAAGGAAUCUACUUGUAUCUCGUCUUGAAGAAGAAAGGGAUCUACUUGCAACUCGUCUUGACGAUGAAAGGAAAGCAAGGGAAGAACUUCAAAAACAACUUCAAGAGUUUAUGAAGAAUUGGCGUUCUCCCUCUAAUUAGUUCUAGUUUUUGAUAUCUUUUUGGAAUUACGUUGAAUUGUAUUAGCUUACGGUUUAAACAUAUUGGAACUUGCGUUGUAACGCAUGAUUUUUGAAGUUAUGUCAUUGUAACUUCGGUGAAUUUUGUAAACCAGGUUUUUGGUAUUGCAGAUUAUUUCUGGAA